UUGUUUUGAUGGAGAGAAGCAGUAGGGUAAUAUCGAAAUAAUUAUGUUGCCUCCUCGUUAAUUUGCUUUGUGGGGUUCUUCGUUAGUCACGUCACUCUCACGCGACCAGCAAAAUCAAAUAGCAUCACUCAUUGAUCAUCCCUCCAGUGAUGUCAAGGCACUAGUGUUAAAGUGUUGGGUGAAAGUGGCCAAGAAAUUUUCAUCAGAGUUUGUUACUCAAUGUCUUAAAGAAACUGUUGAGGUUGUAUAUUCUCCUAGUCAUACCCUCCGGAUGGAGUACUUGAAUCUGAUUGGUCGCUUAAGCCACAGAGCCCCCAGUCAUGAAGCUCUGUUGCUCUUGAUUACUGAGUUUUGUAAUGACAUUGAUCCAAGAGUCCGUAGAGAAGCAAUGAAAGCACUAUUACAGAUGAUGGAAGAGGGUGUGUCCAUUGGUGUGUCUAUAUACAAUAAGGCGUGUGAGUUAUUGAAUGAUGAUGAUGAAUCUGUUCGCUACAUUUCUAUCAAGCUAGUUCAUUCAUUAGGACUCUCAUUGAAGGAAAGUACCAUACCUCAUUCAAAGGACCCCAGUGUUACUCUAUCAUUGGAGGAUGAUGCAUUCAUAAAGACGUGUGGUAUGGUAACUGAUGGAUCCCUUCAGGUACGCUGUCUCUCUGCUUCUCUCCUUGGGCAGUUCACUAGCGUCAGUGAAAGGUUUCUACUCCAGAAUCUGGACAAGAAGCUAAUGUCUCACCUUCGUUAUGUGAAGAGUGAUCAUGAUAGAGCCCGUGAGCUCCACACUCAAGGGUCAUGGGACACUGGUCAACGGUGGGGAGGGGGCCCUACUAAAAUGAACCUGGACCCAUCUGAAGUUACUCUAAUGAGUUCAGGUUCAUGUGGUGCUUUUGUUCAUUGUACUGAGGAUGAGUUCAUGGAGGUCAGAUCUGCUGCUAUACAGUCAAUGGGUCAGCUGAGUGGGAGGAGCUCUGAGUUUGGCCACGCCUCUCUUGACUUCCUUAUAGACAUGAUCAAUGAUGAGAUACAGUCUGUGAGACUACUGGCUCUUAAAACACUCAGAAAAUUAAGUUAUUUUUUAAUUGUAUUAUUAGUAAAAUGUUUUCUGAUCCAUGUGCAUGUAAAUGUUGUGCAGAGAGUUUAAAUUGGAUUUUUUGACUAUUUAAAGUUUAGCCUUACUGUAUGGUUUUAAGCUUAUACCGUGUAUGAUGGUAUGGUAUACAUGCAAUCAUUACAAUGUACAGUACAUAAUUUUUUUGCUUAUUUAGUGAUUUU